AUGGCGGCCCGAAAGGUUUGUUCGGGCGUCGCCACUUCCUUGGGAGGCGGAGCCUUGUCUCUGGCCCGCCCCUCCACCCAAAAGACAACCACGCCCACUCAAGGAAUAAACGACAUUCCUGGGCCCUGGCCCUCUCUGCCGCUCGUAGGAACGGGGUGGCAGUAUUUCCCCGGUGGUCGCUACAACCUGUCGAACCUGCACGAGUCGUCGUUCGACAAGUUCCGGCGCUACGGCCCAGUGGUGCGCGAGGAAUUCCAGUGGCGCCGGCCCGUGGUACACCUCUUCCGGCCCGAGGACUUCCAGACGGUGUUCCAGCACCAGGGCCGGUACCCCGUCCGGCCCGUCAGCGAGUUCGUCCAGCACUACCGACUCAGCAACCCGGACAAGUACGACACGCCCGGACUCGCCAACAGCGUGGGGGAGGAGUGGCGCAGGCUGCGGAAGAUGCUGACCCCCGUCCUGAAGCGGAUGAGCGCCCUGGACGACAUGGUUUGCGACAUGGACGCCCUCUGCGAGGACUUCGCCGAAGUGAUCCGGGCGGGGAGGGAGGAGGGGUCCUGCGUCGUCGACAACCUGCAGGAGUACGUGUACAGGCUGGCCCUGGAAGCCGUGUACCUGCUGAGCCUGGAGGUCCGCCUGGGCUGCCUGGAGCCUCGGCUGAGCCCCAGCGGCGACGCCUCGGCCAUGAUCUCCUCCGUGAAGCUGCUCUUCGAGGCCUUCCAGGAGCUAUACUACGGCCUGCCCCUCUGGAAGUUCGUGCAGACCGAGUCCUACCGCAAGCUGGACCGCGCAGAGAGCACCAUGUACGACGUGGUUAGCCGCCGGAUCCGGGAGAUGAUCGAGGAGCAACCCCGGACCGUCCAGGAACCGUCGCCCGGACAGCGCCCCAACGUCCUGCAGAGUCUCCUGGCCAACAAGAACCUCACGGAAAAGGAAAUCCGGGUCACAGUCAUCGACUUCAUCUCCGGCGGAAUCUUCACGGUGACCAACACCUUCAGCUUCCUGCUGUACCACCUGUCCCGGAACCCGGAUGUCCAGGAGAAACUGUACCGGGAAGUGAGUGACGUCAUGCCCGACGGGGUGGUCACCAAAGACGCCCUCAAGCAGAUGCACUACCUCAAGGCCUGCGUCACAGAAUCCUACAGGUUGACGCCGACCAUCCCCACCAUAACUAGGAUCCUUCCAGAGGACAUCGAGGUGUCGGGGUAUAACAUACCGGCCGGGGUCCCCCUGUUCUGCAACUUCAUGGUGCCGUGCAUGCAGCCGGACCGGUUCCGGGAGCCGCACCGCUUCGAGCCGGACCGCUGGACGGACCCGGACCGGAAGCACAACCCCUGGAGCAUCCUGCCCUUCGGAUACGGGAACCGGAUGUGCGUGGGGAAGCGGUUCGCGGAGCUGGAGAUGCACAGCGCACUCGCCAAGUUGGUGUACAGAUUCAAGCUGGAGAGCACGGGUCAGGAGGUCAAGUGCAAGCAGGCGUUCAUAGUGGUGCCCUCCCACCCCAUAUCCAUCAUCUUCAAGGACCGGUGA